AUGGGCACUGACAACUUUCUUCGGUUGGGUUUGGGACUUGCGGGCCGUCCUUUUUGCAUUUUUGGCGACGAUCCAACUGGCUUCGAAGAUAGCUGUACCGGUUUUUAUUGUUCUUCGCCAAGCGGAUCGGUCCUGCGCGAUUUCCUCCCAGGUUGUCGUGUUGAGUUGGAGUUCUUCAGGGUAUGGAUCUGUCUCCCAGCCCUCAGCGAGGCUCGUACAUCGCCUGGUUUGGCGGCUCUGCCUAAUCGUCAGGUCUUUGUCAUUGGAGGCUACAAUGAGCGUGAUCUUGCCAAGGUUGAGUACUGUCAACUGCCGGCCACACUGUCGCAGGACAUAACCACCACCGACAACAGCCCCGAGUUCUGGCGCGAGGCCGCACCCCUGAAUAUUGCCCGCUGUGGUCUCGGGGUGUGCGUCAUGGGCGAUAGGAUAAUUGCUGCCGGUGGUGUCGCCUCAGAUGCCGUGGAAGUCUUUCAGCCGCCCAACGCCCAGAGCCAGCAUGGCCAAUGGACGCUAAUCUCGCGGAUGAAUCAGGAACGCUACAAGUUCUCUCUCGCCGCCGGGCAGGGUUAUCUUUUUGCUUUC